AUUUUUAUAUAUGUAUAUAUGAAGCAAUGAUUUCGAAAAUUAUAUUACAAUUAUUUUAUAUUACGAAAAUUUCUUGCAUAGGAAGAUCUCAGAGUUAUAUUGAAAAGUUUAACUAAGCGUUAAAUAUUCGAUUAUCUAAUAAGUGAUUUUUUUGGGCAACGAAAGAUAAGAUUUAGAAUCGUAGUAUCUUAAAUAAAAAAAUAAAUAAAGAGUAAAGCUUUUACUUUUCAUGUAUUAUGAUUAUUUCUCUUCUACCUCAUAGUGUGUAUAACUAAAGCAAAAAAUUCACAAACGUUUACUAAAUCGUGACAAUAACAACCUCAUAUUAAUAAUUAAAAAAAAGAAAAGCAGACAAGCUAAGGGGGAAAAGACGACCUAUUUUCUCCCUUGAAAUUCUAAUUUCCUAAAAUUUUAUUAUUUCGUGAUUGAAAUCUACAGACCACAAAGCCAGACUACCUUUAACCUUCUCCUCCCUAUAUUUCUUUUCAUUUACCUACACUUUCAUAAAACUGUAUUAAAAGAAAAAAAUCCUUCUUGUUGUUAAUAUGCAAGCAAUAUUCUGGCCGUGCGUUGUAAACAUGAGGUUUGACCUUUAAAACUAGUGGUGCAUGUGUCAAUAUAUUAGUAGCGUUAUACUGUUGAAAAAGUCCAUUAAUUAAUUUUUAUUGAUUUUUAAAAAAAAUUAUAUCCCUCGCCAUAUGCCAAUAUAUAAAGACUUAAAAUUAAAAGCGCGUUGCUGGACAAAUUGUGAAACAAUUUUACGCUGUCCAGGAAACAUUUCUAUGUGAUCGUUAUGGACUGUCUUUUUUUUUCUUUUCAUUCUUUGGUUUAUUUAUCCAGAGUACCGUGAGUUUGUUCGUUUUGUAGACAUAAGGACGGACUUAAUCAUACAGGGUCGGCAUUUCAUAUUAAUCAAAGUUUUAUAGACGACGUCUACGGCUUCAUAUCCUGUGAAAAGUAACAAGUAAACACAUCAAACCGAGCUUGAGCUUAUGAUACAUAAUCAAAACUUAUCAUGUCGCUGUUGACGGGAAGCGCAAAUUGCAUUAAAUAUGUUUUGUUUGCUUUCAAUCUUGUACUAUUGAUCACUGGUAUUAUCUUGAUAGCUGUUGGACUCGGUGUAGCCACGGUCUACAAUGAAUAUGAGAUAUUUUUGGCGUCGAAAUUCUUCUCAAUUCCAACUUUUUUGAUAGUUAUUGGUUCAUUUAUUAUUAUAAUCUCCUUCUUCGGCUGCUGGGGUGCUUUAAAGGAGAAUUAUUGCUUAAUUCUAACGUUUUCUGUCCUUCUGGGCAUAAUAUUCAUAUUGGAAUUGUCUGCCGGUAUUAGUGGUUACGUGUUACGUUCUGAUGCUGAAAGUCUUAUUAAAGUAACUUUAACGGAUUCAUUGGGUAAAUAUAAUAAUACGAAGGUAGACGAAGUAACGGUUUUAUGGGAUUACGUACAAAAAACUUUCACCUGUUGUGGCGUAAACAGUUACAAGGAUUGGGCAAGUAAGUUCGAAGAUAAAUUACCUUUGUCCUGUUGCUCUUUGCCGAAUGGAGUAGUGGGUGAAUUUAGUUGCACGGCAAACAACGAAGAUUCCAACCGCUAUAGUAAUGGUUGUUUAACAGAGUUCUCCAAUUAUAUAGCCGCUCAUGCUGUCAGUUUGGGAGCAGCUGGCGUCAUUAUUGCAAUUCUUCAGUUCUUUGGCGUCCUAUUUUCAUGUUAUAUAGCUCGUGAGAUAAAAAUUCGUAACGGCAUUUCCGGCUUUGUGGGUUAAUAUUGUUCAAUUAAAAAAAAAAAAAAAAAACUCAGAUAUUCAUCUUUAUCACUGUUAUUUAUUACUUUUAAUAUAAACAUUUUUCGUCAGCAUACUACGGGCAACAUAUAAAAGCUUCUGCAUGUAUAUGUAAUAAUAUUUAUGUCCACAAUAUAGUUUGACGAUGGCUGAUAAACUUAUUUAAAUUAUUUUACAAAGUUUGCAAAUACAAAAAGUACUUAAGGCUUUUAACGAAAAAAUAAAGAUUAAAAAAAAAACGGACAGAUAUUUUAUUUAAUUUUGUUCUAACACUAAUCUAAUGGACAGAUUUAAUAGGAUGUUAUAUGAAAUGAUGUUAAAUACAAAUCCAAUGUUGAAAAAGAUAACAGUGAUGAUCAG